AUGCAACCGUACUUGGCUCGUCCCGGUCAGGAAACCGGAGUCUUUUACAUACCUAUAGCAAACUUGCCUUUCGACACAAAUUGGAGGCAAUUCAAGGAUUGGCUCCGCGAAGGUUGUGUGGUCGACCAUGUUCAAAUCUUUGGACCUAAUCGCCUGAAGGAGGGCGUGUUCCACGGCAGGCGGAUCAUGUUUGACGAUCGCAACAUGUCAAACCCCAUCAUGAUAAAGGAUGUUGAGGUCACCGAGAACUCAGCAUCUACGCGCACGAGAUCGCAAAGGCCUGAAUACACAGAUCCAAACUAUCAGCAGACUAGCCCGUAUUCGUAUGAUUCCUAUCCUGAAGCAUCGUAUGUUCAGUGGGAUCAGAAUAGUUGUGGUUUUCGUCGAGACUACAGCACUCAACAGCCAGCCAUGUUAUAUGCAGACGACGGUUUUAGUCCGGGCACGUACUCUACUUCCUCUGGCCAAACCGACACCACCUUCCAGACCCCAGGUACUGCAGGAAGCAAUUCCGAAGCACUCGGCGUAAAGGACUGGAAUAGCUACAAGAGCGAAUCAUGUUCCAUCGGCGAAGGAAUCACCGGAGGACAACCACAAAAGCCAGUGUCUCGUCCAAAGAAGAGCGGCGACCCGGCAAAAAAGAAGAGAUCGACCGAGAAGUCCAAAGCAUCGGCAACGCCCAACUCGAGUAGUAAUCAGCCAUCAGGCGAUUCGUCAUCUUCUCAUCAAUCGCAAGCAUCAAAGAAACGCCCGUUGAUUGCCGACGGUAGCACACGCCGUACUAAACCGGAGUCCAAGGAGAGAAAACAAUGA